AUCACUAUCGAUAGCAGUGGGCCGACACGUGCUGGCUAAAUUGUUUUCCUUUUAUUUAUGUGAAGAAGAAACGCAAUUAAAAUGAGCGAAACAAAUGGAAAAAUUAAAUAUAUGGUGGCGGACACCACAGCAUUUAUCAAUGCAGUUCCGCUGAAUGAAUACGCCGAGAGUGUGCUCACCGUGCCCGAUGUGGUGGCCGAGGUUCGCAAUAAACGCCAGAUCCGCCGCCUCUGUGUUCUACCCUUUGGCCUGGAGGUGCGCGAACCGCGCCCCGAGAGCGUUAAGCACUGUGUGGAGUUUGCCAAGAAGACGGGCGACUAUGCCAGCCUCUCCGGCAUCGAUCUGAAGGUGAUCGCUUUGUCGUACGAGUUGGAGAGGGACAAUGUGGGCACCGAGCAUCUGCGCACAGAGCCCGUGAUGGCCCAGACCAUUGCCUCCAAGGAGGAGCCCAAGGAGAUGCAGGAGGCCAACACAAAGCGCCUGGUGGGCUGGUACAUGCCCGAAGGCGAAGAGGAUGAUGACGAGGACGAGGAAGAUGAUGUUGAAGAGGAUGACGUUGAGGAUGUGGAGGACAAGUCUGUGGAUAACGUUAAAGCUGCCAUUGAGGCUCAGAUCGAGGGCGUAGAGCUGCCCACUGAGACAAAUCCAGAGACAAAGGAGGACGAGAUCUCUGAGGAGGACCUAAAAACGCUGUUGGAGCAAUUGAGUUGUGAGUCCGAUGCCCCUGAGUGCGAUAUGCUGGUGGCCCAGACCAAUACAGAAGAUGAUGAAUUGGACCAGGAAGCGGAACAGUCGGCCGCCAGCGUAUCCAACAGCCAUGAGGACGAUGACGUGGGCGACGAUGGCUGGAUCACCCACUCGAACAUCAGGAGCGCCAAGAAGGCGCUCGAAGGCAAGGUGGAGUCCGACGUGGUGCCCCUGGUGGCCUGCAUGACCACAGAUUACGCCAUUCAGAAUGUGCUCAAGCAGAUGAAUCUGAAUCUGGCCGCCCUCAAUGGACGCAUCAUCAAGCAGCUGCGCACGUACAUCCUCCGCUGCUACGCCUGCUUCAAGACCACCAGCAUCAUGACCAAAGUGUUCUGCCCGAACUGCGGCAACAAGACGCUGAAGCGCGUCGCCGUCAGCCUGGACGAGAAUGGCAAGCAGGUGAUCCACAUCAAUACGCGUCGCCCGCUCACGUCCAAGUACAAGAACCAAAGCCUGCCCAAAUUCCAUGGCGGCAAACAUUCGCGCAAUCCCAUUCUGUUCGAGGACCAGCCCAUGCCCCGCCAGAUGCCGUCCCGCGUGGCCAAAACGAAGACCAAUGCCAUGGACGAGGACUAUAUGGCCGGCUACUCGCCAUUCGUGCUGCGCGACGUCGACUCCAAGUCGGCCAUGCUCCGCUCCAAGGGCAAUCUCAAAGAGUGGGCGCGAAACAACAACUUCGAGGAGGAUCGCCGUCGCAAGCACUACAAUCGUCUCUACAAGUAGCGGGGUGGCGAUGAGAGUCAGGGUGGGAGUGGGGUCCAUAGCUAUAAGCUUUCCAUUAUCGUGUAAUCUGUGUUUAU